AUGGCUUCGGUUAUACCAGUUGUGAAGCAGAGCUUGUCCGUGCGUUUUUAUAAGGAACCGUUUCCUGAUGCUGAUGAUGCGGUUAUCGCGACUGUCACUGAGAUUGGCGAGAUGGGAGCUUAUGUCAAGCUGCUAGAGUUCAAUAAUAUUCCUGGCAUGAUUCUCCUAUCUGAGCUGUCCCGUAGACGAAUCAGAUCCAUCAACAAGCUUGUCAGGGUUGGCCGCGAUGAGUGCGCCGUGGUAGUUCGAGUGGACAAGGAUAAAGGAUACAUCGAUCUUUCAAAGAGACGUCUAUCAGAAGAUGAGAAAAGGAGAUGUGAGAACAGAUAUGAAAAGGCGAAGCACGUAAACUCAAUUGUUACGUAUGCGGCGGAACUGGCAGGUAUCACGACGAACGAGGAGCUUGAAGAGUUCAUGGAGAAAACAGCCUGGCACUUUGAUGCCAAAUACAAACGACCAGAAGAGCCCCACCGUGCUUCGUACAACAAAUUCAAAGAGUGCGUCGACAACGAAGAGGUUCUAGACGAGCUUGAUAUUACGGACGCGCAAAAGGCCGCUCUUCUCAAGACUAUCAGACAGCGACUGACCCCUCAACCCAAAAAACUGAGAGCCGAGAUUGAAGUUACUUGUUAUGAAUACGAAGGCGUCGAUGCUAUCAAAGCCGCGCUUACGAAGGGAUUGGAAUGCAGUACAGAACAAGUUCCCAUUAAAAUUCAACUCUACGCCCCACCUCUUUACUUUAUCACCACAACAACGAACGACCAGAAACAUGGAGUAGAGGUCCUAAAUGUAGCCAUGGAAAAAAUCCAGGCCGAGAUCGAAAGGCAGAGUGGCCGGUAUGAGUUGAAAAAGGCACCCUUCAUCGAUGAAAUCGAGGCUGUCUUGCCGCCAAGUGAUUCAGCGAAUGUGGAAUCUGAGGAAACGGAGAGUGAAGAGGACGAGAAUUAG